UCCCACACUUCCCACAUUAUGUGAAGUCCAGUGGCGGUGUAGUUACAGUAAACACUUCAGAUCGAUGAGCUGCUGUCAGAUAGCUCUCAGUUUGAUGUGGAAUAGUUGAAGCUGAAAUGAAUCUGCCAACCAGGGAACAGUUUGAGGAGUGGAGCACAGCACAGGUAGCCAGCUUCUUGUCUCAGAACAAGAUGCGAGAUUGUGCUACAGCAGUGCAGAGAAUGAAGAUUGAUGGCCGCUGGUUUCUGAAUCUUUCUGACAACGAUCUGAGCAGAUUCAGCCUCAUCCACAGACCGCAAAUCCAAAAAUUAGUUCAGGACAUCAAAAAGAAAGACGACAGCAUUUUCAAUCGAAUAAAACGGUUCCAAAGUGAACAGACAGCCAGUAUACUCAAAACUGGCAGAAAUACAAUAGACAGACUAAAAAACAAAGGACCUCCAAAAGUACCUGCAAGAGAUUACCCUGGUGAUAACCAGGACUCUGACCAGUCAUCCGAUUCAGAAUUUGACAAUGACGUGUAUGAAGAACCACAGGGUGAUUACAACUAUGAACCUCCUCCUUGUGAGAAAGUCUUCACGCCUCCCCGAUUGGUCAAGUACACUGGAGGAGACUACCUGGACACACGUCCUGGUCGACAACCAGAAACUAAACCGAUGAAGCCCUUCCUACCAAUCAAACCACCAAUUCCAGAGAAGUCCAAACAACCAGCAAUGUAUGAUGAGGACUAUAUUCAUCCUGAGGAUGACACAGAUGAUAACUAUAUUGACCCUUCUGAGAAAGAUCACCAAGGAAAGCAAUUAGGACGCUCAUACAGUCCAGAUGUUUAUGAGGUUCCUGACCAGGACAAUUCUCCAUCCAUCAGCAGGUGCAGCCCAAAGCCACAACCCCCUGCGCUAAAGCUGCCUCCUAAACCAAGUCCCAGAAUUAAUAUUAAGAAGCCAGUUACCUGUCCAGAGCCCGAGGAUGAGGAUGACUAUGAAGUUUGUAUUGAUGAUGACGAUGUGACAGAAGAACAGGAGAAGACUGGAGAAGAAAGACGCCCAUCUAUCCCUGUCCCUCUGCCAAGAGACAUGAAGAAUCCAAAACCACCUGCUGUCCAGAAACCAAGCAUUCCAACUAGAGAUCGCGAAGCUUGGGAUCCAGCUCACACUGUGGUGUCUCCACCCACUACCGGAUUUCAUCUUGUAAACAGGUCUCUGCAGCGUGACAACCUUUGCCAGAAGUCUCCACCAGGGAGAGGAAGCUUAUCUCAGGAGGACAGUGCCACCAGGCAGCAAGAGGAGGAGGCUGGUGUGUAUAAGAAGCCGUGGUAUGCUAGUACCUGUGACCGGAAAACAGCAGAGGAUGCACUCAUCCGAUCAGCCAAGGAUGGUUCCUACCUGGUGAGGAAGAGCUCAGGUGUGGACGCCCUGCAGCCCUACACUUUAGUUGUAUUCUACAACGGACGGGUUUACAACAUCCCAGUGCGCUAUAUUCCCAGCACAAAGCAGUACGCCCUGGGCAAGCAGAAGAACAGAGAAGAGCGAUUCAAAACUGUCUCUGAAAUCAUCGAGAACCACCAAAAGAACACACUUGUGUUGGUGGACAUGCAAAGCAACACAAAAGACACCACUAAUCUGAAGCAUGCCGUAAAGCCGUGACUCAAUUUCAGUGCGGUGUCUUAGCAGCACACAACUUCCUGCACGGUCACGAUUCUCCAGAACAUCCAGGAACGGUUUGGUGAAGCCAGGAAAACGUGUCAUUUUGCUGGCACACUCCAGGAUCAUUUAAUACUGACCGAAAAGCAAAGUGAUGGUCAUACUGGCAACUGAGUUGUAAAAGUGUGUAAAGUAUUCGUACAUAAGUUGUAUUUAAUGCACUUAUAUUAUGUAGUAUAUUUUGCUUAACCUAAAGACAAUUUAGUAAAAUAUUGUGAACAUUUGAAACAUUUAAUUAUAAUCAACUUUAGUAAAGAGACUCAGGAUGAAAGUGGAAGCUGAAUUACCUUAUCUUUAGUGUACACACACACACACACACAUAUAUAUUUAACAGCUAUUCCACAAAAUCAAGUCGUACAUAAGCUGAUAACCGAUAAGGCGUGUAGUACCAAGUUGGCUAUAAGCCAUGGACGACGAGAUUGAGUGGAAUAACUGUUUUCUUCUAUCCACAUUCACUGGAUUUUGAGAAACUGAGCAUUUUUUUUUUUUUUGCAAAUUCGAUAUACAAAGCGUCUGACAAAAUCAUUUCCGUUUAAGAAUGUAAACAAGCUGGUGAAAUGACAGUAGCAAUUUGUGAAAAAAAUGAUAUAAUAAUUCUUGAAAAAUAAAAAGAUAUGUUCUUACCAUCAAAUACUUUUAUUCCAUAUUUUGUUGCUUUUUUGUAUUUUGGGGGGUUUUGUUUUCGAGUCGAGUUUUUAUUUCAUCCUCGGUUGGUUCAGCAACAUGCUCCACCAUUUUGUUUUUCUCUACUCACGGUAUAUGAGCUGAUAACCUAGUAGUAGAGUAGCCAAACAGAGCAUGUGAUUGCUCAUAUCCAGUGAAUGUGGAUAGAAUUAUAUAUAUCAUUCUAAUCUUUGGGGGAUUGAAUAUUUCUGACUGCAACUGUGUGUGCACACACACACACA